CUCACAGAAAACACUCAUAACUGACCCUCGCACACUGUACCUGCAUGGACUUCCGCCAACCACUGGUUUAAAACACUGGCAUUAGACUAUAAACUCUUUCUGGAGCUGAGAUCUAAUUACUGCAUAAUCAUGCAAAUGGUGCCACACCAUCAUCUCACAAAUCAUUGGGAAAAAGAGACUCUAUCUGCAAAACUUCCAUUCUUGAGCAGAGAGGGCAUGAGUCAACAGCGCAGUCUUUCGGGAACUCACCACAACUCCAAGCUGGAUAUGCCAGAGAGCCAGGAGAGAAACUUGAGGCAACAUCCCUGGCAACAUCCAGACAACAUGUUCUUGGAGGAGCAGAAUGAAUAUAUUCCGUCACGACGAGCUUCUGAAGUGGAGAAAGUGUUUCCUCUGAAGCCAGUCCUCCACAAGAGAGCAUACAGCCUGAGCAAUGUCACAAAUUCAGAAUAUCGAGAGAGAUUUCACACAUGUUUUCCCAGACUGAAUGAUCAGGCUGCUGUUAGACAACAACAGAAGUUUGGAAGGAAACCAGACACUUUUAAUUCAACUCAUCAACAACUGUCAAUGAGGAGAACUGAUUUAGACAAUGAACACCAUGAACCGAGAUUUUCUGAGAAACACACAUGGUUGUCUAAAGAAAUCCACUCAAAGGAGAUGAUGCUGCAACAGAAGAUUUUCAAAGCAGAGGAGACUGUGAGAAGACUCCAGAGAGAGCGGUCGACCCAUCAGGACAGUGUGAUGAGAGACAAAAGAAAUACAAGAUAUUCAGAGAAGGAAAAGAAGAAAUCUGUGGAGCGGGACAGAUAUGGGAAUGAAAAGAGGGAAAUCAGAGAAGAUAUGGAAAGAUGGGCGGAAUGGGAGCGAGAGAAUUGUAGCCAGGCAGAGAGGAGAGGCAGGAGACAACCUCUGACCUCCUCUGAGAGGGCAAAGGGUCAAAAUCUGGUGCAUACGAGAGAAUGGGACCAGGAGACAGUCAGAGAGAGAGCGAUGGGGUGGGAUACAUGGGACAAGAGGAAUUGGGGGUAUAUGGAAGGAGUAAAUGAUGCACCGAAGGAACGAUAUGACAGAAGAAGGGACAUGCAUGAUGGAAAAGACGAAGACCUGUGGGAUGUGAAAAAACCAGCUUCAUCUGACUCAAGGAGACUGGACAGGCCUCACCUCAAGCAAGAGCAUUUCACAAACGUGCUCAAAGUCAAGAGGAGAGAAAAUAAAUAUGGUUUAUAUCAAACUACAUCAAAUGAUGCCACUGGAAGCAGGAGGAAGAGCGCUUCCGCAGAAUCGGUCCCGGAAAGACUUCCCAGCCAGAGAGACAGAAACAGACUCCAACAGGUGGAACUCAGUCUGGACGAGAGUCCAGAUGCUCCUCACCAGCUCAUCACAUGCAUCGUGUGCCAGCGACGCUUCUCGCGAGACAGAUUGGAGACGCACGUGAGGGUGUGUGAGAGAAAACUUCCUCAACGCAAGAUCUUUGACAUGUCGCAGCACAGAGCCAAAGGAACGGAGCUGGAGGAAUUCAUGAAGACCAACAGCCGGAGCAAGACGCCAGAAAAGAAGAAGAACUGGCGUCAGAAACAUGAGGACUUCAUUCAGAUCAUGCGGCAGGGUCGAGGUGAACAGCCACAGUCUGUUUCAAAGCUGAACUCUGAAUAUGUGACCUGCCCUCACUGCGGCCGGAGGUUUGCCCAGGGACCGGCAGAGAGGCACAUCCCAAAGUGCCAGAACAUCAGGAGCAGACCGCCACCACCCAAACAACUGCACAACACCACCAGGAGAAAGAUCGCAUACUGAUAUGAUGGAAUAUCAUUCUGUAACUGUAAUGUGUCUCUUUUGAAAGACAAGUGAUAUGCUAUUAAUGCUUUUGUAUUGAACUUUAAAGUAGUGUAAUAUUUUAGUGUGAGAUGUAAUGCUAUUCUGCACUGACUGUAACACCCUAGAAUAAAAAAUAUGCAUUUCAAAUAAACAUUUGCUGCAAUAAUGUACGUAUGUUAUGAGAUCCUGAAGAAAUGUACACCAGUAAUAAUCUAACAUUGAGCAUAAAGCCUUCAACAUAAAAACAUGUUAUUGUAUUGGCAUAGCUUAAUAAGGUCAUCAACAUAAUUCUUGACAUUAUUUACAAUGUAAUAAUUUUGCAAUGGCUUAUAAUCUAUAGAUGAAUGUUUUCUUUUUAUAUGAUAUAGUACUAGUUUUUAGAGUUCAGAGGUCUGGAUUGAUUUUUAUUUCAGAGAAGAAAAUCACAAAUAUGCGCACACAUAUUUUAGAGAAAGAAUUCUCUUAC